AUGGUGCAACCAACUGACUCCAAGUCUGCUGAGCCUGAAGCAAAUCCAACGUCAGAGCCAAUGGCCAAGACGUCGCCCGGCUCGGGCGCAGCAGAAAAAGAUACCGUCAUUGACGUGGCCAUGCCUUAUGGGACUCGCUCUCGUAACAGGACGGCCAGUUCUCGUCCCAACUAUGCUGAGGACAAGGACAUUGAGAUGGACAUGUAUGAUUACUACCCCGAUAAGAAAGACAGCGACUCCGGCAAGAAGUCGUCGCGACAGAUGAACGGCGCCAGCAAUGGCGAUGCGCCUCGCAGUAACGGCACCUCACGCAAAAAUGCUGCUGCCGCCGCCGAUGACACCAAGGCCGGCCCAGGCCAGAACGGCACCCAGGACUCAAAAUCCGGCGGCACCAUUCACGCAUCUCAGGCGGCGUCAGGGUCUGGCACGUCGCAACCUUCACGGAAACGCAAGGCGGCAGCGAGCCAGAACGGCACGGCGGCCGCAUCAACUGCAACAUCGGCGGCAGCAACGCCGCCAGCAACGUCGGCGGCGGCUAAGAAGAACGCCCUGGCAGCGCAAUCCCAGCUCCAGGGCAUGACGUGGCCCGAGUCCAACAUGCUCACGUUCGAGACGUGCAAAGGCAUGCCAGACAAUGGGCGAAUGGUGGCCGACGAUGGCACGGUGCUGGAGGCGAAUGAUCACGUCUAUCUUGUGUGCGAGCCUCCAGGAGAGCCCUACUAUCUGGGGCGCAUCAUGGAGUUUAUGCACGCCAGCAACGACACCGCCAGGCCUGUGGACGCGGUGCGCAUCAAUUGGUUCUAUCGCCCCAAGGAUAUCGGGCGCAAGGCCAGUGACACGCGAAUGUGCGAGAUCAGGCAUCGACUGGAGAUCGAGGGCCUGGACGACUACCGUCGACGACCCGACAGCUUCUGGUUCGAGAAACUGUACGACAGGUACAUCCAGAAGAACUACGAUCUGAUUCCCACCCGGCUCAUUGUCAACGUGCCCGAAAAGGUCAAGAAGGUGCUGGACGAGCGCUGGAAAUACGUGCUAGUCGAGCAGGGGCGUGGCAAAGAGCUGACUAGCGCCGUUAAGCUAUGCAAACGAUGUUCGUCGUACUGCGCCAGCAAUGAUUCGGUUGACUGUGCUGUGUGUCUGCACACAUACCAUAUGAACUGCGUCAAGCCACCGUUGCUCAAAAAACCCUCACGUGGCUUUGCAUGGUCCUGCGCUGCGUGCAGUCGUGCUCAGGAGCGCAAGUUGGAAGCCCGCCACACGCCAAAUACUAUAGACGCUGGAGAUGCCGAAGAUGACGAGCCUUUAGAUGAGGAUGAAGAAGAUGUCCACGGCGUCGAAACCGAGAGGACCAGCCCCGGGGACGAUGAAGCGCCUCAUCAGGGAACCGCGGAGCAGAUUUACCAGGCUAGCCUCUGGCCGUGGCGUUAUCUCGGCAUGCAUUGCAAGCCGGAGGACGCGCUGGACUAUGACGACCGUAUCUACCCGCGUGCGGGCACCCGCAUUGGCCCAAGGAACCAAGCCUCUGUUGGACCCUGGCCAGGCCAGCCUGUGCAGUAUGUCAAGCCGUUGGAAUUUAAGAAGGGCGGCAAGAAAGAUCAGAAACUGCUCAAGGAACAACAGGAGGCCGAAAGGGCUCGCCGGGGCCAGCGGCCGAAGUGGGUCCAGGAUCAGCCACCUGGAUACGUCGCUCGCGGCGAGGAUCUGGAUGAAGAUGACCCCAAUUGCACGGCGGUGCUACUGUGGAAGCCACCAGCUGGGGAUGACCCGUCUACCGCCAAAAUCAACAGCUUUGUUGAUAAUGCCAUGUCCAAGGCCAAACAACUGGACCUUCCCGAGCGUUCCACAAACCUUCGUGAUGCGGCGGUGGAAACCUUGUAUCGCGAAGAUUUUGAUGAGUCCAAGGCUCUCACCGUGCUCUCUAAGAAGCCCAGGAUCGAGUUCAAAGAGCCCAACUUGAGCCCUGCCGAGGUAAAGAGGUUCGAAGAAGGCGUCUCAAAAUUUGGCUCCGAAUUGCAUCUUGUCAUGAAGCAUGUCAAGACCAAGUCGCCGGGAGAGAUUGUUCGGCAUUACUAUGCCUGGAAGAAAUCAGAGCGGGGACAGCAAGUCUGGGGCACUUUCCCGGGUCGAAAGGGGAAGAAGCAAGCGAAGCGUGAAGAUGCCGCCGCUUCCAAGCUCGCCGAUGAUGUGGCUAAUGACGACGACGACUCUGCAUUCGACGCGGACAAAGCGGUACAAAAGAAGCGGAGCUUUAUCUGUCAGUUUUGCAACAGAACGAAUGACCGACAGUGGAGAAGAGCGCCGAAUCCGCUGCCUGGACUGGUCAACGACCAGGGCCUCAAGGGCUCUGGCAAGGACAAGGCUGGGAAUCAAUACGUUGUUGCCUUGUGCCGACGCUGCGCCGAGCUGUGGAGGCGUUAUGCCAUUCGUUAUGAGGUUAUCGAAGAGGUGGCGAAGAAGGUUGCACAGGCUGGCGGUCGUGCAUGGAAACGCAAGCAGGAUGAAGAGCUUCUCAAGGAGCUGCAGCUAGCACAAGAAUUGGGCUACAUGACUCCUGAACGAGCUCCGACUCCUUCCAAAGCUGCGUCUCAGCCUCUCGAGACACAGGAGCCUCCUAGGAAGAAGCUCAAGGCUGCCGCCGAUAAAGAGGCUGAUGCAACCCCAUCCGACAGUGGUAGCACUACUAGCGCUGUUCCUGCUAAGAAGAAGGAAAAGGCGGUAGUGGAGCCGCCCGCUGCCCCUGAGAUGCCGAAACCGCGGAUUCUUCCCUGUGCUAUCUGUGAUCAGAUGGAACCGAUGGGAGAUCAACACCUUUCAUGUCGAGAAUGCCGCCUGACGGUUCAUCGCAACUGCUACGGUGUUAUCGAUCACAAGGUGCAAGGUAAAUGGGUUUGUGAUAUGUGUGCCAACGAUAAGAGCCCGCAAGUAUCCAUCCAAUACAAAUGUGUUUUGUGCCCCGUUGAGCACACCGAGCAUGACUUUGUAGAACUACCCAAACUUACGCAUCACAAGAAGAAGAUGUCUGAGAAGGAUCGGGAGCGAGAGAAAAUGGAAGUCCAACAAGCCCGCAAAGCUGCCGAAUUUUACCGCAAGAAGCAAGAAGACAUGAACCGCCCUGUUAACCCUCGGGAACCCCUCAAGCGUACCGCGGAUAACAACUGGGUUCAUGUCACUUGUGCCGUAUGGACCCCUGAAGUCAAGUUUGGUAACGCCAAGGCAAUGGAACCAUCCGAGGGCAUCCCCUCCAUCCCGAGGUCAAAGUAUGACGAGAUCUGCCAGGCCUGUAACCAACAGGGUGGAGCUUGUGUGCCCUGCCACCAGUGCCGUGCACCUUAUCACGUUGAGUGCGCACGACAGAAAGGCCAUGUUCUGGGUUUCGAUAUAGCCCCCGUCAAAAGCUCCCGACGAGACCAGUUCAAUAUUGUUACGAUCAACGGCGAGAGCGGGACCAUGUCAGCCGUACUAUGGUGCAAAGACCACAUUCCCACCAAGACGAUUGUCCAUCGCAUCCACGACGUGGCUAGCGAGUCUGGACUGAAUGCCCUUCAGCUUUACGUCCAGAACUUUAAGCAGGCCGAUCUUACCUUGACAGGAACGGUCCGCAAGGCCACUCUGAUGGCAGCGGCAGCGAAGCUGUCUGGAGCUCCAAUUCAACCAGGGAACCGCAGAGCAUCCACAACGACGACCCCCAACGGUGGCACUUGGGCUCAGCCGCGCAACGGUGAAGUUGUUGAUCCUGGGUCCAAUGCCCAGCAUCCGGGAGAAAAAGUCUGCAUUACUUGCGGUAUAGAUGUUACGCUGAGAUGGUGGCCUAUUGACAACUCGCAAGAGCGAAAGCUCACCAACGGACAUCACGGGGUCAUUGGCUCAGAAGCGCAAAAGUUUGUUGAGCAGCGGAAAUUCCAGUGCCACAAGUGCCAUAAGUUGCGCAAGACUCCUCGCAGCCCGCGCUUGACUUUACUACCCGGACCGUCGCCUCCGCCGCCCGAACUUGCGCGUCCCCAGCCAAUGGAGACUUCCUUGAUGACUCCGGUGCCUCCCAUGACAGGCUCAACACCGCCGCCCCUGGUGGACUAUCGUGACGGGCGCCAUUCGAGCCACCCCCUUUCGUGGCCUCAACCGCCGCCUUCACAUGCCAUGCCGGCCGGAUCGACUCCGCCGUCUAUGCCAGCGCCAGUUCACGCGCCGGCCCAAGUGGCAGGACACCGUCCAGCUCCGGUGUAUCCACCUGCACCGCUGCCGCCGACCAGACCACCUGCUUAUGGCGAGUGGGCACCGCAUCGUCCUGGCAGUCAGCAUGGUUCCCCUCCUCGUCAUCUAAACGGGGGUCCUCCGCCUCCUCUCUUGCACAGCGGUCCCCCGCCGCCCCCGAUGUCGAAUCUUUCCGCUCUCAGACCACCUGCCAUGGCUCCAACUGGAAUGCCUGGCAGCCACCCGCAUGGACACGCAUAUGGAAACGGACUUCCCCCAUCACCUCGACGCUUGAGUGGGCCCACUCCUCCCGCGCCGUAUGUUCCUCCCCCUUACCACGGGCAUACCGGCCACGGAGGACCCGUCCAUCCCCCGGCUCACCUUAUGGGCAACGGGGCACCCCCACCGCCUCCUCCUCCGCGAGCGGACGCCUUCUCACAUGGGCUACACCCUCAACGAUCAUCAUAUCCGCCAACCCCCCAUGCGAGCGCUCCCAUCUUGAGAAAUGGGCCGCCGCCUCCACCACCGCAGUCUCAUGAGCCGCCUCCACCACCCAUGGGACCGCGACCUCCAGAGAGCAGGCCUGCUACAGGCGCGAGUACGAAUCCAUCUCUUCGCAAUUUACUUUCCUGA